AUGUCUUUUGCACCUAUCAAAGAUGGCGAAUUCACCAGCACCAUCUAUGGAAUGAUAAAAGAAGGAAAGUACAAUGAGGUGAUUCGAAUACUUCAGUAUGAGGUGCAGCGUGCUCCCACGGACUUCAUCAAUGCCGUGGACGCCUAUUCGCAAUUAUCACGCCUCUUUCCUAAUUUCCCUGAGUACAAGGUCUACCAUGCACAGUCACUCUACAAUGCUUUCAUGCUUCCAGAAGCACUACAGAUCGUUUCAACA